UCGCGUUAGUCCUCCACGUGGAAAACAUUUCCGUAUCCGACGCUCCAUCGGCGUUGGUGUUUCUUUUGGUAAAUAUUGCUCGAAUUAAGUGGUGUUUGCUGUGAUUGAGUGAAAAUGUUGGUGUUAUUCGAGACCCCUGCGGGGUACGCGGUUUUUAAACUCUUGGAUGAGAAGAAAUUACAACAAACUGAUAAUUUGUAUCUUUCCUUCAAUUCACCCGAGUCUGCUGGAAAAAUUGUGAAACUCAAGCAUUUUGAGAAGUUCGCGGACACCACAGAAGCUCUUUCUGCGGCUACAGCUUCGGUUGAGGGCAAAAUUUCAAAAUCCUUGAAAAAAGUAAUAAAAAAGUUUGUUGAUGAACAGGAACAGUUAUUAGUAGCUGAUGCAAAAUUAGGAUCUGCAAUUAAAGAAAAAUUCAGCUUGCAAUGCCUGUCGAAUACGUCUGUUCAAGAAUUAAUGAGAUGCAUCAGGUCACAACUGGACAGUUUACUUUCUGGCUUGCCCAAGAAAGAAAUGACUGCUAUGGCACUUGGUCUUGCACAUUCCCUCUCCAGAUACAAGCUGAAAUUUUCACCUGACAAGGUUGAUACCAUGAUUGUGCAAGCUGUAUCUCUACUAGAUGAUUUGGACAAAGAAUUGAAUAAUUACAUAAUGAGAUGCAGAGAGUGGUAUGGUUGGCAUUUUCCUGAACUGGGCAAGAUUGUCACAGACAAUAUAGCUUUUGCCAAGACAGUAAAAAUUAUUGGAACAAGAGAGAAUACUGCCAACUCUGAUUUGUCUGACAUUCUUCCAGAAGAAAUUGAAGAGAAAGUGAAGGAAGCAGCAGAAAUCUCCAUGGGUACAGAAAUAUCGGAAGAAGAUAUCCUGAACAUCCAGAAUCUGUGUGAUCAAGUGAUAGAAAUCACUAACUACCGUACACAGUUGUAUGACUAUUUGAAAGCUAGAAUGAUGGCAAUGGCUCCUAAUUUAACUGUGUUAGUAGGAGAUUUGGUGGGAGCUAGGCUAAUCUCACAUGCAGGCUCAUUGAUUAAUUUAGCCAAACAUCCAGCCUCAACAGUGCAGAUCUUAGGUGCUGAAAAAGCGUUGUUCAGGGCGUUGAAAACUAAAAAGGACACUCCAAAAUAUGGUCUUAUCUAUCACUCACAAUUGGUGGGACAGAGCAGUACAAAAAAUAAGGGUAAAAUGUCGCGUAUGUUGGCUGCUAAAGCUGCUCUUGCCACUCGCGUUGACGCUCUGGGUGAAGAUGGCAGCUUCACAUUGGGAGCAGAACAUAAAGCCAAAUUGGAGUCUAGAUUGAGGGUAUUGGAGGAAGGUAACAUUAAGAGGAUCAGUGGAACUGGAAAGGCCAAGGCCAAAUUUGAAAAAUACCAUGGCGUUAGCGAAAUCAAGCAAUAUCCCGACGCAGCUGAUUCAACAUUACCGUCGUCCAGCAAAAGGAAGAGGGACGAUUCUGAGAUCAAGCAGGAAGUGAAGACUGAAGAUGUAGAAACGCCUAAACAGAAAAAGAAGCAGAAAAAAGACAAGCAAAUCAAGGAAGAAGUGGAGGAGGAAGUUGUUGAAGAACCAACCUCUUCAAAGAAAAAGAAGAAGGUCAAGCAAGAACCUGAAGAAGAUGAGGAAACGGAAGCGCCGACUUCGGAGAAGAAGAAAAAGAAGAAGAUUAAGCUAGAAGCUGAUGAAAGCCAGAAUGCUGAAGAAAAUGUCGCGGAUGAAUCCACAGAGAAGAAAAAGAAGAAGAAGAAAAAGAAAAAAUCCGAGAGUGAAUAGUUUCACAUAUUAAUUUUGUUCAAGUAUAAUUUACUUGUUAUAUUUUCAAGUUACAAACGUAAUUUUUUAUUAUGAUAACGAAGUUAAGGUAUCAAAUAAAAUUUAAUAUUUUUGUUUUAUAGUAACGAAUAUAUAUCUAUUAUAAGUA